AUGCCCCUCUCACAAUCCAAAGGCCUCACGGUCGCGGCCACUGCCCUUGCAACCACUUGUAUCGGCUUCGGCAUCAACGCCAUCUUGCGUCCCGACAAUGCCCUGACCUUCUUCGAAUGGGACGCGCCUACCUCGCCGACCGAAAAACGCAUUGUUGACGACCUCCUCGCCGUCUACGGCACCCGCGAUAUCUUCAUGGGCCUGGCCGUCUAUUCGGCCGCAUACUUCGGUAGCCGCAAGGCAUUGGGGUGGAUCUUGAUCGCCAUCGGCGGGGUGGCCUUUGGCGACGGUGCGGUUUGCUGGGCCCACGGUCACGGCCAGUGGGGACAUUGGGGUUAUGCCCCCGUCGCUGUGCUGGUGGGCGCGUUGGCAACGGGUCUGUUGGACAGAGCUUGA